AAGGCCAGGGGGCUUUCCCCCGCACCAAUCCUGCUACCAAAGGACCAGCCCCUGCCUGGGGCGCGGAGGAGGCUGGGGCAGCGCCACACACAGGCAGUGCCCCCUCCCGGGCGGAGAUGGAAGCCAAUGCAGCAAGCGACGAGGGUGUGCACUUCCAGAGCUACCCCUUCGACUUCUUGGAGUUUCUGAACCACCAACGCUUUGAACCUAUGGAGGCCUACAACCACGAGCACACCAAAGCGGUCGCUGCCCUUCCCUGCCCACAGCCACAGUACGACUACGCCCAACCGCCCGCCGCUGCCCCGCCUGCCCACUUUGACCGUGUCCCUGCCACUGUUGGCACCUCUAAGCCCAAAGCUGAAGGCCCAUCCUCCUCUUCUUCCUCAUCUGCCUCUUCUGCUAACGUUCAAGUCAAGAAAGGUGAGCCGGGGGGCCCUGCACCACCCCCUCAGCAACAGCAACCACCCUACAGUGCUCCAGCAGUGGUACCAGCAGCAGGCCAGCCUCUGUUUGAUAGUACAGCUGCUGCUGCUGCUGCAGCCGCCGCCUACAACACUCCUCAGUGGGGCAUUGUGGACCUUUCUGGCCACCAGCACCUCUUCAGCAGCCUGAAACGUGGGCAGGCGCCACCACCGGCUGCUGCCACUGUAGCUGCUGACAGCCAGGCCGGCAAGGACGACAAGAACUACUUUAGGCGCUUGAAAUAUUUCAUUGAUCGGCGUUUCCCGUGUGGGGUGUGCCAGAAGUCAUUCAAGCAGUCAUCUCACCUCGUGCAACACAUGUUGGUGCAUACGGGCGAGCGGCCAUACGAAUGCACCACCUGUGGCCGCACCUACAACCACAUUUCCAGCCUCAUCCGGCACCGCCGCUGUCACAAAGACACCGAGGAUGCCACAGCAGCUGCCAAUGCAGCCGCUGCUAAUGUGGCGGUGGCGGCGGCGGCAGCGGCAGCUGCUUCUGUUGCUACCAACACAGCCGCUGCUUCUGCUGCUGAGGGAGCAGCUCAGCCUCCUACUCAAAGUGGCAACCCUCAGGUGGUACCAGCAUCAGCUGGGGCGACAGCUGCGUCUGCCCUCAGUGCUGCCAUAGCUCAAGCUGAAGGCCCUUUCACCUGCUCUCUCUGCUGGAAGGUGUUCAAAAAGCCAAGCCACCUGCACCAGCAUCAGAUCAUCCAUACUGGUGAAAAGCCAUUCUCAUGCUCUGUCUGCCAGAAAAGCUUCAACCGCCGUGAGAGCCUGAAACGACAUGUGCGGACCCACUCAGACCUGUUGCGAGUGCAGUGCGGGGUUUGUGGCAAGGAAUUCCGGGAUGCUUCCUACCUGCUUAAGCACCAGGCAACCCAUGCGCCUCCUGGAACCUUACCACCACGCCCUGAGUACAAGUGUGACAUCUGUGGCAAGGGCUACGUGGCUCCCCAGAACCUCCUGCGCCAUCGGCAACUGCAACAUGAAGGAGCCCAGCUACCCAAGGAUGGGACCAGUGCCCUGUCCUACCUGCCACCAGGGGCUUAUCUCCUCCCACAAGACGCACAGUCUACCAGUUCUGAUGGAGACACCAAGCCAACAUCAUACGGGCUUUUGGGCCACCCACUGCUGGUGGGAACGGCAACGGGCAAGAACUUCUGUUGUGGGAUCUGUGGCCGUGGCUUUGGGCGGCGGGAGACACUAAAACGUCAUGAACGGAUCCACACAGGGGAGAAGCCACACCAGUGUGCAGUUUGUGGGAAGCGCUUCCGCGAAUCUUUCCACCUCAGCAAGCAUCAUGUGGUGCACACACGGGAGAGGCCCUACAAGUGUGAGAUAUGUGGAAAGGUUUUUGGUUACCCCCAGAGCUUAACCCGCCACAAACAGAUCCACCGGCUUCAACUGCCUUGCUCCUUGCCACCCAUGGGGCCCUCGCUGACGCCCAUGGGGCCUUCUCUGCCACCGCCUCCCGAGGGGCUAACCUAUGGGUGUUCUGACUGUGGAGAGCGCUUCCCUGAUCUCUUUCACGUCAUGAGCCACAAGGAGGUCCACGUGGCUGAGAAACCAUACCCUUGUGAUGUCUGUGGCAAGUGCUUUGGCUUCAUUGAGAACCUUAUGUGGCACAAACUAGUCCACCAGGCUGCUCCCGAGCGGCUCCUCCCACCAGAUGAAACAGCAGCUGCAGUGGCACCUCUGGAGAAUGGGCUGGCUAGUGGCGACAACAUGACAUCUUACGAAGAUCACCACCCCACUCUGCCAAGUGGGGAACGUUUCUCCUGCUCCAUCUGUGGCCAGACCUUCAAGCAUUUCCUGGGGCUUGUGACCCACAAGUAUGUACACCUGGUGCGUCGCACAUUGGCCUGCUCGGUCUGUGGGCAGAGUUUUGCAGGGGCCUAUGACCUGCUGCUCCAUCGCCGCACCCAUCUGCAGAAGCGGCAUUUCUCUUGCCCAGUCUGUGGCAAGCGGUUCUGGGAAGCUGCCCUCCUGAUGCGCCACCAGCGUUGCCAUACAGAGGAGCGCCCUUACCGCUGUGCAGUGUGUGGGCGUGGCUUCCUGCGCUCAUGGUAUCUGCGUCAACACAAAGUGGUGCACACUGGCGAGCGCGCCUACAAAUGCGCUCUCUGCAACAAGCGCUUUGCUCAAUCAUCCAGCCUGGCUGAACAUCAGCGCCUUCACGUAGUCGCUCGUCCCCAGCGCUGCCCUACUUGUGGCAAGACCUUCCGCUACCGCAGCAACCUUCUGGAACACCAGCGGGUGCACCUUGGCGAGAAAGUCUACCGCUGUGACCGCUGCUCCAAGAGCUUCUUCUAUCUGUCGUCCAUUCUGCGUCACCAGCGCUCCCAUGAUGCUAAACGUGAGUUGCGAUGUGGGGCCUGCCUCAAGCUCUUCAAAGACCCCAAGUAUUUCAGCAAACACCUCCAGGCCCACCAGGGUGGGCGACCCUUCAAAUGCAGCACCUGCGGAGAAGCCUUCUCUAACACCUACGGCCUCAAGAAGCACCGCCACAUCCAUAAGAUGGAGCGCUUUGCUGCCAUGGGGGGCCACAAGGAGCAACCCUAGUGUUGGGGUAGCAGAAGAAAACAUUGGAGGUCCUUUAUCCUGGUACUUUAGGGUGAGAAAUGAGGCUAGUUCCUGUCUGAUGUGACCCAAAAGGGCAGGAGUUUCCCUAUAGUAAGUAACAUGUGGCAGUAAAAUGCUACACUUGGGGAAGGAUUUGAGAGAAUCCUCAAGUCACAAGUGCACGGGUGGGGCAAUCCAUGUAGAACCAGGGAUGUAAUGCAGGACAGGUUUAAGUAGAUAGCUUCCUGGACCUUUCCUCCAAAAAACCAGUUUGUAUUGUCCUGUCCAUCCUAGAUACCCUAGUCUAAAUGUGAUGGGAGAGGACAGCUGUCGUAGGUUACCCUUUCCUGCCAAGCAUGGAUGGACAUUUCUUACCUUUUCCAAGAAGCGGGAACAGAACAAUGGACUUGUUCUGGGAGAAUGAUAGUGUUUUUUAGAGCCUACCUGUUGAAAGAGAGCAAAUGCCAACCUAGGGUCCCAUUUGCAGGAAGAGCUGGUGCUUGUACUCCUCUUUAGUGUUAGAGCCAACUCAUGUGUUUGGGAAGAGGGCAGGACAUGGUACAGUCAUCCAGGAGUUCUUGCCAAACUUUUCUGUGAACCCAGCUGCCUGAUCUAUGUUUUGUAGGUCUUGCUUCCUUUCUGGAGGAAAGACAGUGAUUUGUGAGCUUUCUUCACAUCUGUUAAGGCAGUAAGCUUGUGCUCUUUUAAAGACCUUGGUAACUUAUAUGACCUAGCUGCUGGCACAAGAUACUUUAACCCGUGACUUGCAUUGAAAAUUAGAGGAGCCUACUUGUACUGUGAACAUGCAUAUGGUACAGUAUGGUUUAGAUGCCACUGUGCCAUAAACCUUCCUGCGUCCAGGAGAGUACCACUUCAUGAUGCAACUGAAGGAUCACAAACAUGAAUGUGCCCUCACGUAAAAAACCCCUCCCUGCUCAUAGAACACAAGCAAGUCUGGAAGAGGGGUUCUAGCCUAGCCUUCUUCCUCACAUCUAGCUUUCCACAUACGGGGAGUGUUGUAUAUGAAAUAGCAUUCAGAUAUGGCAUUCCUCCUUGUGUGUCUUGAAGUGGUACAAUCCCAGGAAGACCGUACCAUGUGCUUCUUUUGAAAAUUUGAAUUGGCCCUCUGAAGAAAGACAGGAAGUAGAAAAGCUUGUUGACUGUCCCCCAUUAAAACUAUGGCAUGGACCCUCCCCUCUUGGGUCAGUACACCAUUGCAUCUCAUGUAGAUGAGCCUCCAUCAUUAAUGUGUAAUACCUUCCUUGAUCUAAGAGUGGAGCUGAUCUGGGAUGGGAGCUGUGAUCACUCAUAAGCAGGCCAGUUCCACUUGUUUGUGUUGCCUUCCUUCCCCUUCAUCCUCAUUGGGUUGGGUAUGAAGCUGAGAGAGAGGAAAGCAAAACUUCUGGUGGCUCUGCAUACCAGGGCAUGGUUGUAUGUUGCUUUGUUGCCCAGUACAUCCAGCGCUUCACCCACGGUUCUCCCACUUCCUGGUCUGAGCCACAACCCCACCCUCUUCUUGACAACAUGCUUUGCACCCCUCCAUCCAACAAAGUGCAGGCUGAAUAGUUUGGGGCUGCAAUACCCUGUGGUAACCUUUUCAUCCUCAGUCUUAAUCAUGGGCCCUAUCCCCCACCAAAACAGGAAUAUUGAUAAGGUAUGGUCAAAAAGAUUCUCCCAAAUUCUCAAACUUCCUGAUUGCCUCCCCAACUCCCUCUCUCAGUGCGCAUCACCCUAUGGCUCUGAACAGGCAGAAGGGGAAGCUGACUUAUUAUAUGCAACCAAAGAGUUCUAAAAGCAUGCCCCCCCUUGUGGAUGGUGGACACCAGGUGAUUCGCAUCUCCUCUUCCUUUGUGAUCCAAGCUCACCUUCCACAUAUAAUAGACAGUUGUGAUGGGGAGACAUGACUGCUUUUCCAUUCUGGAAAGUUCAGAGCAUGCCAACUUUUUUCAGGUGGCAAUACCAUAGGUGCCUCCUUGCUGUUUCUGGUCUACAUCCCUGUCUUCACAUCCAUGGUUCCUACUUUGGUGAGAUUGACAGUCCAAGGAUAUGAGGACCGAAAGAUGCAUUAUUAUUCCAGUGUGGUUGUCUGGUGCCUGGAAGAAGAGACAAAGGGGGAUGUUGCCAAAGUUGCAGGCUUCCUUGGGGAUAGAUAAUUGUGAUAGAAAUGGACUCUGCUGGGUGACUCGGUGGGGACAUUUCUUAAAGGAAACCUCACGUCAUUUGGUGGUCCAAUGUACAAUUUGAUGAAGAAUGUGAAGAACAGAAAGGAGAAGGGAAGAGGGUUCAACAUGUUUUCCAGCCUUGUUUCCACUACAUUUCCCAAGUUGGGUCAACUCAAGGGGACCUCUUUUUGUCCAUGAUGAGUCAGGCACAGUUCGAUUAAUGCCUCUGAUAGACUGAAAUACUACUGACUAGUGUCCUGCCUCCAAAAGUGGUUGAUAUUGGAUGUUCUUUUUCUUGUUUUAUCUUUAUACUAAAGUUUUAAUGCCUGAACUCGUAGCUGAAAUUCAGUGGAUUCUCCCUAUGGUGGUGGCUAUAUCUCUUCCUGCCUUACAUGGAAACUUUUUCCAUAUAGAAUUUUCCCUUCCUGACUUCGUAAUUUGCCAAUAGAGCUGAGUUUAAUAUUAGAUUCCCCCCCAUUAUGAAUACAGCGCAACUUGUUUAUACAAUACCUGCUUCGUAGGAUCAGCUGCUUCUACAUUUAGUUGAGCAUUGUUUCCAUGGAGAUCCCACUGAAAGAAGUGGUAACCUCAAAACUGGUAACCUAUUGUUACACUAAAGGCUGUUGUUUUGUACCAUCCACUUUUUUUAACCAGGAAAACAAUGCGUUCACAACAACUAAUCCAGUAGAUGAUGUGUCUAUUGAGUUGCUUAAUUGUAGAUUCCCAAAUGGACAAUGGAAUACAGAGGGGAGAAGUAAGUUUUAUGCUUUCCCAAAUGACCUAAGACAAAAAAUACCAUGUUCGAAAACCACAACAUGUCCACCAUUGGCCAAACGUAACAGGAUUUCCAAAGCAUUCCCCCACCCCCAAUAAUUUACAGGCCUAAAAUGUGAGAGACAAAUUUCGUGAUUGGUUACAACUGUGAAAUUCCUGUUUCAGCCAUGACAUUUAUCCUUAUAUAUACAGCCAGGCCUGGCUUAUCUAGCCAGAAUGGUGACCUGUUUCCUACAGAUGAGAAAAUUUAGUCUGACUUUCAUCCUAAAUUUUUAAAGUUUUCUACAAAAAAAAAGUUUUUAAAGUUUUCUGACUUCACAAGAGCAAAAGCAAUUACUUAACCUUAACACCCUUUAAUCACCCUUCUGUACUUGCAAUCUCUCCCUGCCUGUUUAGAAAGUGGCAGGUGGGGACACACAGACACACACACUUUCAGUGCAUAUUUACAGAUGAAGAGCGGGAAUUGAGAAAAAUGGCUGCCUUUUCCUUUCUAGCCAAAAUUCUAACAGCAGAGAGCCAGCACUCUGCUGGUUUGUUUGCUGACACUUUCAAGUUCAAAGCUGCUUGUACCCAUUCUUCAUUCAAAGAGUAGUUUGAUUUUUUUCAAGUGUAUUUUUCUGUUCUCUGUUGUGGUCUGGUCUUGAUAGCUGGUGCAACGUGAAAUUACAUGAACACCCCAUAAAACACGUCACUCACAUGAAAUAUACUAAAAAAAACCCCAAUAGGACCCCUAGUUUUUCUCUGGAAGAGUUGAGGGGUCUAGUAGAUUGGAGAGUAAGGGGCCCAGGAGGCAGCAUUCUUUGGCUUGAAUUCUGUGGGAAAGGUCUGUAGGGAUGGGCAAUCUGGGUUUUAAUUCUGAUUGGGAAGUGGCAAACUGGAUGAAUUCUCAGCCCUGUUGCUGGCUGUCCUGCAGAUUCUCAUCAACCCUAACGCCUUGUCUGCUGUGUACUGGAAUUGUGAAGCAGGCCACAGGAAAGAUACUUCCAUCUUUUCUUAGCAUCAGACCUGACUUUUUAAGGCACCACGAGACACAUAAUCAUCUGAACAACUUCAGUCCUCCUGGAUUCUGUGGUUCUGACUGUGGGUGAUGUUUUACCAUGCUCCCCUGUUCAUCCCAAACUGGGAGAAGGACAUUUUUGAGACAGGACUUAAAUAUCCCCAGACCAGUGACUGUUGCAAACUCUGAAAUAAGAGUCUGGCCAUUGAUAGGAUCCAACCCAUUGUGAUCAUGUUAGCAGAUGGCUUUUUAUAUUAAUACAGAUAUAGAAAUACAUACAUUUAUAUAUAAAUACUUCUUUUUCUAAUUACCCUUUUCUCCCAUUGGCCACAGGAAGUGCAGUACUUUUGGUGCCAAGAUUCAAGUCCCUUAUGAGAACGUGUACUAAAGUAUGAUAUGUAUAGGAUCCCUUCAUUGUCCAUGCAGCUGAUGGGCCUGGACCUGUCCCCUCCUCCUUCGUUGUGCCCCUUGGGAAUUGUACAGCGUGUGUUUUUCUCAGUCGGGGUUAGGGGAAUGGGAGCGUGUGUUUGUGUUUUAAACCAAGCUAUUGUUUUAAAAGCAUCUGAUUUACGAUGUACAGACUAAACAAACAUUAAAAAAAAAGAAUUGGAAAAUCUAUGUCCUAUGCAUUGAAAGGGGUCCAGGUUUGCUGGUUUUGUUAAGUAUUGAUGUGAACGGAGCUUCCCUUUAAGAGUCCAAGCGGCUAGACCAAUGGAGGGGGCUUCCUCGGGUGUUGGGACCGUGUACAGUAUAUUGUUAGGGCUGCAGCUGGGCAUAAGAACAUGAAGGUUUGUAGUUCCACAACAACUGAAGCAAUAAAAGAUGAUGAAAUAGCCACAGUGGGUAGUAAGGGGUUAUCUGAGAUGAAGCUUUGGGCAAGCUGGACUAUGUAAAUGGCAGGAUCCUCCAACGCCCAGCCAGGAAGGACGGGGAGGUGGGUCUACCAGCAAUCUUGAACAGCUUAGAGAGGCUUUUAUUUCCCUCCUGAGGUCCUGCCUUCCCCUCCUCAGCCAAUCGGUAUAAUGGGUAGGGCUGUCUGCUCCUAAAUGAAACACCUGGAAUAUCUGGGCCUUUGUUGCCCAGUUCAGAAGUUUCUGGUGUGCAUGGGCCCAGCUCCCUGACAAGUAGGUAUGAAGAAGCAGAGGCACAUUGGAAU